AUGAUGGCUCCUACGAUUGCAUGGCUUGGUCUUGGGAACAUGGGGAUGGGCAUGGCCAGCAAUCUCGCCAAAAAGGGAAUAAUAAAAUGCUCAUUUAUCGUGUAUAACCGUACCGUCUCUCGCGCUCGCCAGUUCCAGGCCCUAAAUCCCAAUACCGUCGUCGCAGAAUCGGCAGCCGAGGCUGCGGCCAAGGCUGAUAUCAUCUUCACUUGCCUCGGAGAUGAUACCGCGGUAUCUGAAAUCAUUGACUUAAUCAUCACCUCAACCACCAUAAAAGGAAAAUUGUUUGUGGAUUGCUCCACUAUUCACCCGGAUACCACUACCGCCAUUGCAAACAAAUUCCAAGAUGCCGGCGCCGAGUUUGUUACCAGUCUUAUACACCUAUUAUGGAAUACUUACGUGUUUAAUUGA